AUUUCAUUAUAUAGUGCAUUUAUUUCACCAUAUAGCUUUAGUUGAUUUUUUGUGGAGAGUAUUUAUUUCACAGAUGUUUUAUUACAGUGCAUACAGUGCAUUUAUUCACAUGUUAUAUUUAAAUGCAGUUACAUAUUUCAUAUGGUGUUUGAUGUUCAUUUAAUCAUCGAUUUCAUCAUUUCCAAUUUACUGUACUUAACAUUUCAAAGUCAUUAAAUCCCGAACAUAUCCCCUGGAAUAUUUGUACUAUUCCUGUUUUGUAUCUUUAACUGUCACAUUGGACAUCAUCAUGCUAGUGUCGUGGUUUUCUUUAUAUACAUAUAUAGAUAUAUUGUAAUUAUAUUUAUUUAUUAUAUUCUUUAUUUUUUACGCGACCUGCACCGAUACUUUUAUUUUGACAGUCCUGUCGACGCAUGCGCACUAUGCGCGUCUCGUUCGGUGACUCCACCCACCGGGUGCUGCCGGGUGCCCGAUGCGCAGUGUUUGAUGCGCAGUGUCCCGGUGUCGGGUCCAAACUCCUUAAACCGGGCAGCGUACUUAUGACAGCAUAAUAAGUCAUUCUAAUAGACGGUGAAAAUGGCGGCCGAGGCGGGACAGACCAGUGUUUCGUUUCCGGUCUCCGGGGUGGUGAUUGCAGUAGUUUCUAGUUGCAUCAAUGGCUCGACUUUUGUGCUUCAGAAAAAGGGAAUAUUACGGUCGCGCGACAGAGGAUGCUCGUACCUCACAGAUGUGGUGUGGUGGAGCGGCACACUGGCCAUGAUUAUCGGUCAAAUUGGGAAUUUCCUGGCGUACAACGUGGCCCCGGCCGUGAUCGUCACUCCCCUGGGAGCCCUCGGAGUCUUAUUUGGCGCCGUUCUGGCCUCGCGGGUCCUCGGGGAGCAGUUAAACAUCCUGGGGAAGCUCGGCUGCGUCUUGUGUUGCUGCGGUUCCGUGGUGCUCGUCAUGCACGCCCCUAAAGCCGCGGCCGUCACGUCCCGGCUGGAGUUGGAGGCGGGGCUGUCGGACCCAGUGUUUGUGGCGUACGGCCUCCUGCUGGUGCUGCUGCUGCUGGUGCUGAUCGCGUGGAUCGCCCCGGCCCACGGCUCGUCCAACGUCAUGGUGUACGUGGCCAUUUGUUCCCUCCUGGGAAGCUUCACCGUGCCCAGCAGCAAGGGGCUGGGCCUGGUGGCCCCAGGCGUGCUGGGGGCGGAGCCGGGGGCGCUGCCUCUCUUCCUGGGCCUGCUGGCGACGCUGGCCGUCAGCGUCCUCCUCCAGUUCUUCUUCAUCAACAAGGCCCUGGAGAGGUUCAGCUCCAACGUGUUCGAGGCCAUCUACUACGUGGCGUUCACGUCCAGCGCGACCGUCGCCUCGGGCCUCCUCUUCAAGGAGUGGACGGCGCUGACGGCGGCGGGGGCGGCGGCCAUGCUGUGCGGCCUGACCACGGUGUGCGUCGGCGUCGUUUUACUGCGCAUCUCGCAGGAGGCUUCCGUCACGUGGAGGACGACGAAGAAGACGGAGUGACGAGGAGUUCUAACUUUAUUUAUGCGGCACCUUGAAACCGGACAAAGCAGCAAAAGAGUUGAAGCCGGAUAAAACAUGAAAACACUCAUACGACUAACAGGAGGAAUUUAAAAGACUUGAAUCUCCUCUCAGAUACAUGUGGAACAUUUCUUAGUUAAUAUAUAACUCACUAACACCACUCAGAAUAAAACUGGUUUCCUCUUGAAUCA